AUGCCAUCUGAGGAUAAAAAGAAAAAGGCUCAAGCGAAGAAAGAUGCAGUCAAAAAGCGAAAUCAGAAGCAAACGCGGUCAGUAUCAACGGUGUUAGAUAACGAGAGUGAUGUAAAGACUGAUAAGGAAACCAAUUCUACUUCGCAAAAUGGGUUAUUGUCUCAGUCUUCGAAUCACAAUCAGAUACGUGAUGAUGACUUCGUGGGUAGUGACGAUGAAAAUAAGGAAGUACAUCAGGCGUUGGUUGAAACCUUGGAAUGCUUGGAUCUUGUUAGUGAACGUGUUGCCGCUUAUCGGUCCGUUACUGGAGUCCUAGCUUCUCAUCCUGAGGCUAGAGAUGUGCAGUUUUCAAAUUUAAGUAUCACUUUUCAUGGAAAAGCUUUAUUAGCUGAUACUCGUUUGGAAUUAAACAAUGGUCGAAGAUAUGGAUUGAUUGGCUCAAAUGGUUGUGGCAAAUCUACUCUUCUCGCUGUAAUAGCCAAUGGAGAACUUCCUGUACCACCUCACAUUGAUAUUUUUCUGUUGCAACGUGAAAUGGCACCAACAAACAAAACUGCAUUGGAGUGUGUAAUGGAAGUUGACGAAGAACGUGUACGUUUAGAACAAGAAGCUGCACAAUUGGCAUUAGAUGAUGAUCCUGAAACACAUGAACGUUUACUAGAGGUUUAUCAACGCUUAGACCAUUUAGAUGCGGAUAAAGCUGAAGCAAAAGCAGCCGAACUUCUUCAUGGUUUAGGAUUUACCGCCGAAAUGCAAAAGAAAGAAGUUCGUCAUUUUAGUGGUGGUUGGCGAAUGAGAAUCGCUUUAGCCCGAGCUUUAUUCGUUCGUCCUGCAUUACUGCUACUGGAUGAACCAACAAAUCAUUUGGAUUUGAAUGCAUGCGUUUGGUUAGAACGUCAACUAGUCAAUUAUCCACGGUGUUUAGUUAUAAUAUCACAUUCACAAGAUUUUUUGAAUGGCGUUUGUAACCACAUUAUUCUGAUGAACAAGCAGAAAUUGACCUAUUUCGGUGGUAACUACGAUCAGUAUGUACGCACUAGGUGCGAGUUGGAGGAAAAUCAAAUGAAGCGGUUCAAAUGGGAACAAGAUCAGAUUGCUUCAAUGAAGGAUUACAUAGCUAGAUUUGGACAUGGAAACAAAAAAAUGGCACGUCAGGCACAGAGCAAAGAGAAAGUUUUACAGAAAAUGGUAGCUGGCGGUUUAGCUGAACGUGUUGAGGGAGAUAAGACUCUGACAUUCUACUUCCCUGACCCUGGAAAAAUACCACCACCUGUUAUUCAAGUUCACCAAGUUAGCUUUCGAUAUGGACCAGAUAAGCCUUGGAUUUAUCGUAACAUUGAUUUGGCCAUCGAUUUAGAUCGUCGCGUUGCUUUAGUCGGCCCGAAUGGUGCAGGAAAAUCAACUUUGUUGAAGUUAGUCGCUGCUGAGUUGGAUCCAACUGAUGGUCUUGUUCGCCGACAUUCACAUGUUCGUAUGGGUCGUUAUCAUCAGCAUCUACACGAAAUGUUAGAUAUUAAUAUGAGUCCAGUCGAUUGGAUGAUGCAAUGCUAUCCGGAAAUUAAAGAACGUGAUGAUAUGAGAAAAUUACUUGGACGUUACGGUUUGUCAGGGCCUCAACAAGUAUGCCCUAUUCGUACAUUAUCUGAUGGACAAAGAUGUCGGAUUAUAUUUGCGUGGCUUGCUCAAAAAGCUCCUCAUCUUUUGCUACUUGACGAGCCUACAAAUCAUUUAGAUAUUGAAACAAUAGACUCACUAGCUGAAGCUAUCGAUAAUUUCGAAGGUGGUCUACUACUUGUUAGCCAUGACUUUAGGCUAAUAUCUCAGGUUGCAAAAGAAAUCUGGGUAUGUGAGAAUGGCACUGUAACUCCUUGGGAAGGUGAUAUUUUCUCUUAUAAAAAACAUUUGAUGCGAAGUGUUUUAAAUGAGUCCCAAUAG